ACACACACACACACACACACACACACACACACGUGCCCUGCGAGGGUGAGAAACACCGUGUUAAGGAGGAAAUGAGUUGGUCAUGAAGAAAUGAACAGGAAGCUGUACGUCACACAGACGAGCAGCAGCACGAUGAAGACGCUCGGCUUGAUUCUCUUCAUGUGGGCGUCUCUCUCAGAGGCCUUCAACAUCGACACUGAACAUCCACUGAGAUUUAACGGCACAGUGGAAGAUUUCUUUGGUUACAGCGUUUAUCAGACUGAGUUUGGAAACAGGAAGCAGAUCAUUGUUGGAGCUCCAUUAGAAGGAAACUCAACAGGGGAGAUGUACAGCUGCACAGCAGAUCUUCAGUCCUGCACACGACUGCAGCGUCCAGGUUCGACAGGUGCGCAGAGCGUCCUCUUCUUCGGCAUGUCUGCUGCGGUGUCUUCUGAUGCUCUCACUAGCUGCAGUCCGUAUGUUCCUCAUGAGUGUGAUGGAAACUCGUAUCUGAACGGUGUUUGCUAUCAGUUCAACAGCAGCUUACAGACCGUCUCCAACUUCACUGCCGCUUACCAAGAAUGCACCAAAAGAGAAGUCAAUCUGGUGUUUCUCUUUGAUGGAUCCAGCAGUAUGAAACAACAUGAGUUUGAAAUGAACAAAAGAUUCAUUAAAGAUGUUAUGAAAAAACUCUCAAACUCAUCCAUAAAGUUUGCUGCUGUCCAGUUUUCAACAGAUGUACGAACUGUGUUUGACUUCAACGAUUAUCAGACUGGCUCUGCUGAAGAGAAACUCAUGAAAGAGAAACACAUGAAAUCUCUCACAAACACACACAAAGCAAUCAACUACGUUCUAAAGAUUCUGCUGAAUAACGUGUCGUCUGGAGCCGAUCUCAAUGCUCAGAAAGCUCUGGUGAUCAUCACAGAUGGAGACCCCAGUGAUAACGAUGAUGAUAAUGUCCUCAGCAAAUGUGAAGAGCAGAAUAUCCUCCGCUACAUCAUCGGGGUGGGGAAUGUUGAUUUAACCACACUCACUCAGCUGGCAUCAGAACCAAAACGGAACAAUACCUUCUACAUUCAAGACUACAGUGGACUUAAAGGACUUCUUGACAACCUGCAAAAAAAGAUCUACAACAUUGAAGGAUCAAAGGAUGCUCACGGCAGAGACAGACAGAAAGAGUUAUCGCAGAGUGGAUUCAGUGUCGUCUACCAGCAGGACUCCGUGAUCGUGGGUUCGGUCGGAGUGAAUGACUGGCGUGGAGCUCUGUAUGAAGUGAUGGGAUCAGGAUCUGAAUUCAGACAGACAGAGAUCCUCGAUCCAGCUGUGAAUAAAGACUCGUACAUGGGUUACUCUACUGUGCUGGGAAUGAGACGCGGCGUCUCUCAUCUGUUCUCUGGAGCGCCGCGGGCCGAACACACAGGUCUGGUGACCCUCUUCACCAAGAAUGAAAGCACAUGGACAGUGAUGAGCAACUUCAAAGGAGAACAAAUUGGCUCAUAUUUCGGAGCGUCUCUGAGUCUGUUGGAUGUGGACUCUGAUGGAGACUCAGAUUUCCUGCUGGUCGGAGCUCCAUUAUUUUACCAGUCUCAGCCGAGGGCUGAAGGGAGGCUGUACGUCUACACUUUAUCACAGCAGGAUUCUUGGAAGACUCUGCAAUCCACCACAGGCAGAUUUGCUACAUCUGUGGCUUCACUAAAGGACCUGAAUGGAGACGGUCUGUCAGAUGUGGCGGUCGGGGCACCACUGGAGAAUGAAGGAGCUGUCUACAUCUACCUGGGCGAUGCUACCCAUGGCAUAAACCCUGAACUUGCUCCUCAGCGGAUCCUAGCGCGGUCAGUUCUGCCCGGUCUGCAGCAGUUUGGAGUGUCUCUGUGUGGUCAGAUGGAUAUGAAUGAUGAUAAUCUGCCAGAUAUCGUGAUUGGAACACAAGGAGGGAUCGUCCUGCUCAACGCUCGUCCUGUGAUGUCUGUCUCUGCGCAUCUCAGUUUCAGUCCAGUGGAAAUCAGUCGGAACUACUUUGAAUGUCCGGGUGUAGAGGCAUUAAAUGCGUUCAAUCUCACGUUGUGUUUCACAGUGACGGAGCGGACCAGCAGCACAGGUCCUCUGGAGAAGAAGAUGAAUGUUUCUCUGAAUCUGAAUGUGGAUGUGGUACGAGGAGUGAGUCGAGGAUUCUUUGAUCACAGGAUUUCAUCGUCCAGGACUCUGCAGCAGUCCUUCCUGCUGGACUCUGGGUCGUCCUGUUUUAACUUCCCCAUCUUCAUGCUGCGCUGUGUUGCAGACACCGUAUCUCCUCUGAAGAUACUAAUGAAUUUCUCACAAACUGAGAUGUCGUCUGGAAACUCUUUGGCUGUUCUUGACGUUCACAGCAGGACGGAGGAGUAUGUCGAGGUGCCGUUUCAAAGGAGCUGUAAUUCAAAUACCAGCUGCGUGUCUGAUCUGAAGCUGGGCUUACAUUUUAUGAACAGCACAUUAGUGGUGGUGAAUCAAGCUCAUUUCACAGUGGAAGUAACCCUGGCAAACCCCGGUGACGACUCCUUCAACACCAGCAUAGUGCUGCAUUACCCAGAAGGCCUCUCGCUCUCUAAAUUUGAAGCUGUUAAGCCAAGUCGGACUCGAAGCAGCUGUGGUGAUCGUGACAGCGGUGCUACAAACAGAACAACCUGCAGCAUUAAUCUACCAGUGUACCGCAGCGGCACCAUGACUAAAUUUUUGGGAACUUUCCGCGUGACGAAAUGGGAUUAUGACUGGUCCGACAGGAUGGAGAUGAUGAUCACUGCUCACAGUGAUAAUAACGGGAACGUGAGUGAUACGGUGGUGAGGGGGAGCAUCCCGGUGCAGUUCGCCGUUGAUCUGGCCAUCAGUCUAGUGGCUGAAGACUCUGUGACGUAUCUGAACUUCUCUCUGGAGGACAGAGGUCCAAAAUCUCUCAACAUCACCUACAAGGUGGAGAAUCUGGGUGUUAAAGGUCUGAACGUGUCGGUCACACUCAGCCUGCCCUGUCAAACUACACAUGUGACCUUAACAACUCACAAAGUCAGCAUGCAGGAGGUUCGUCACUCGCUCAUCAACUCAUACCAUCAAAUCAUCAUGUGUUUGUUGAGUAAACAUCUUCUUUUCUUCUCUCCAGAACUCAGUGCUGUGCAGCAAGUCCGUUGCACAGGAUGGUCGCUUGGUUUUGUGUGUCAUGAAUUUCCACUGGAGCAAUUUACAGAUAUUCGGAUUAACCUGAAAGCAGAAGCAGUUUUCCAAAACGUGAAGGAAUACGAGAGUAAAUACUCCUUCUAUGAGUUCAGAAGGGAUCAUGUGUUCAACAUCAGCGCUGAGCUCAACUACAACACAAGCCGCUAUAACCAGACAUCAACCGAACUAAAGUUCAAUCCCCACAGAUCUCAGACUACAGUGAAGGUGGAGUUUGUCGUUCCUCCCAGUCGAUUGCUGAUUGUUGGCACCGGUGUAGUGGGCGGGUUCCUCUUCCUCAUUAUCAUAUUGAUCCUUCUGCUGAAGUGUGGGUUUUUUAAUCGAAAUCGCCCUGACGAGUUUUUUCCAGAGGGUGAAAGUGUAACUGUGGUUGAAGACUCUCCUCUCAUGAAUGUGAAUGCUAAAGAAAACCGAGUCAGCGAGAGCAACAUCACAGAGAAAGAGCUCCAGUCCUGACCCUCCAAAGACUGAAGAAUCAACACAACAAAAGAUGUUUGUUUUGAAGAAGCUUAAAAUGGUCUUUUAAUAGUCUAGUGGUAUGAAGAUAUGAUUUAAGUGCAGUAUGUUUAGUUCAGAGAGAUGCAACAUGUGUAGCUUGUCCAGUGUCUAGUCUUUUCUCUAGACUUAAAUUGUAGUUUAUUUAUAAUAACCCAGAUUUAUUCUGCUAUUUGGGCCUUUUUUCUAUAAAAAUAAAAUAGAAUAUUGAGUUAUUAUAGUUUUUAUUGAUUUUAUAAGUAGAUUAGAUCUUUUUUUCUUCUUGAGCUAUUUUCUUAAUCUCAAAGAAAUUGUUCUGGAAGUAACUUUUACACUGAAUAUUUCUAGUCUUUUGAAGAAGAGACAUGAAUAACCAAUCAAUAUUAAUAAAUGAGUUAACUGAAUGA